AUGUUCUUCAUAACAUGUCCUCGUCUCCGAAGGGGACAUCGAGCUGAUUCUCCAAAUGUCUUCGCACAAUCAUGUCAAGAUGGUCAAAUGGAGAAUGUGGAUGGUCCCAGGGAGCAGGCCCAAGGCAAGGCUCAGAUCAAUACUUCCCCUGUCCGAAACCACAGGCGGAGAUCUACAAGUCUGUCGCGUCGUCUCCGUUAUCGAUUCUCGAGAGAAUCCAGACAGUCCGGAGAACACCGCCCCAUCUUUCCCUUCUCACUCAAGCUAAAGCCAAAUGCACUCAAAGCCACUACAGGGCUAUCAAUGGUUGGGGACAUGGGAAGCAGCCUGAUGAGUGCACGCGGCUACGACAGUGAUGCCCAGUGCAUUGGCAGUCCUCAGCAUGCCGACCAAGUGAAAGUGUCGCCCAGAGGCCCGGCGUUUCGCAGAAUGGGGCUACAUGAUCUAAUAGAGCACAGUCGUGAGCGAAAUAACUUGGAGAUGUGGGCGGGUGCCCAGGGCCAUGAUCAAUACAACACCCCGGGAACUCCCUUUGGGAUGCAUUAUAUACCCACGCCACCAGGAAGUUUGAAGGGGCGCUCACCCUAUACCAACCCUGCAACUGAAGGAAUGGGUAGCCAUUCUAUGUCUUCAUUCAAAAAUGAGCGGUCGGGAGAGCAAAACCCGUUCACCAAAUCUCUCCCAAGUCUUCAUGCCAGCCAAGAUGAAUUAGCUCCAGCAAAUCAAGAUCGUCUCCGUGCUCGAGAAGGCUUUAUCGGCAGCAGCAGCCGUGAGAACCUUCAGAAUCUUGUGGCUGACUGGGCUCAUUACAUGGGAUCAGGUCCUAACGAUUACCGUGCGGCAUCUUCGGCGUCGCUAGCUAGGGAAGAUCCGGGCAUUACAGUAUCCAAAACACGACAACGAACAAGCUCUCCCGGAGCACACCCCGAGCCCCGAGUACCGCAUCUUGGUGAUCUAGACCUUUCGCACAGACUCGCGGGCACAAGCAUAGGGUCCGGACCGCUAUCAGCUAGUCCAUCCAUGUCGGAACUGCCGCGUCCUAAUAGAUAUGGGCCACAAAUGGUAUCGCAAGAGAACUUUCAAUCCCAUGAGAGAUCUGGAGCAUCGACAAUUGGGGGUUCCGAGCAUCAGAACCAAGCUAUGUCUCAUCAACGAGAUGCGUCCUCCUUCUAUUCGCGCCAAAGCAGCAACCCUUCACGGGGGGCAUCUGCCGUUCAAUCGCUGAGAGUUCAUGCUGCAAAUGCAAUUGAGAGCUUACCCAAUAUUCAUACACAAAUGGCAGCUGAGACUGGUUUAGUCCAAAAUGAACGGGAACCAGGUGCCGAGGUUUUGAAGAGCAGAUUUGUUGAGCAACUUGAUGCGGCAAACUGGGAAUCGCCCCAGGUUCAUGGAAUCUUCAAUGGUCCCAACGGUGUUGGGCCACACCGCAGAGUCAGUCCCGGUUGGAUGACCGGGGGCCGGCGAAUGGGCUAUGGCUAUAGCUUGGUGGAGAAUACUGAGGAUGGCCCACAAACAGUUGGAGGGAACAGCAGUCCAUUUCCGAACGGGAAUUGGCAAAGAGACACACCAGGGCCUGAGUCUGACAGCCAACAGUGUCCCAUGAACAAAUGUCUUGCCAAUGCCAAGGGGGAACCUAUUUUAACACCAACCAUGUGGGCCAAAAUGAAGAGCCAUUCAGUUCGAGGUGAUAGGCACGCACCGCUGGCAGUGGAUUUGGCCGGUGAAGGAAUGUCUACAGGGGAAGCCCGCCGUACAAGUUCAAACCAGGCGCAGCACAUUGGGUCGCCAACUUCCGCAAAGUCCCCGACUUCUAUAAAGUCCCCAACCUCUGCAAAGACACCAAGUUCUGCAAGGAGCUUUUAUAUCGAAGACGUCGACGAGACGUUCCUAAGUCGAUGGGCGAAAGGCAGCCGGUCCACACGUAAACAACCACAGCUAGACAAGUACCACGAUUCAGCCCAUAGUCGCAAUGUCUGUACUCCAGACGCCUCACCACUUGGUGUGCGCCGCUUUUCAAUGGAUCAGACAAACUAUCGGCCGUCCGUGUACUUCGAUCCAUCGAAUGACAGAAGUGCGGACAGACUGAACGGAGAACCUUCCCGGUCUCGUAGUGGACGUUGGAUACUAAAGUUUUCCAGAAACAGGGAAAGCAAGAGACGCUCGAACGUCCCUGCAAAAGAACCACCCCAGGAACCACCAGUACAAUACGAGGAGCGUCCGUCGAGUGGCCUGGGACGAGCAAAUUCUACCAGAAGCGAUAUGGCUGAGGAUCUUGCGAGUGCGUAUCAGGAGUGCAUUGGGAUGCCUGGGGCUUUUUAUGGAAGCCGGUGGGCGAGCCGAACAAGUCUGGUGGUGGAGGCAGAGUGA